AUGAGAAAGCCGAGAGUUUCUGUAGAUGAAAACCACAGAAUGCCCAACAAGAAUCCGGCGGCAAUAUACUUUCUGCUGAUUAUAAUUUUUAAGAUGGCAAGCUCAAGAGAUAGUCUCCUACCUCAUCAGUUGAAACUCAGCUCGAGUCUCACGUGCCGGCUCGUUGGCGGCUUGACCAGGGAACAAAGAACAGUCUGCCACGGUUCCCCUGACACCGCAGCUAUAGCCUUCGAGGGUCUACAGAUGGCAGUCAAGGAGUGCCAGCAUCAGUUCCGCUGGCAUAGAUGGAACUGCUCAAGUUUGUUAGUAAAAAGUGCUAACCCACACUCAAGUGGCAUUAUGAAGAGAGGGUUUCGAGAAACGGCAUUCCUGUACGCGUUGACUGCAGCAGGUGUAGCCCAUGCUAUCGCCCGCGCCUGCGCGCAAGGUCGCAUACUAUCGUGCGGGUGCGACCCCCUCGGGUAUCGCGCCUCACAUGACAAAGGGCGGGUCAGGGCGAACAAGUGGGAAUGGAGUGGAUGCUCCCAUAACCUAGCCUAUGGAAUAGAGUUCUCUAAAAAGUUCUUAGAUGUAAGAGAACAAGUAGAUGAUCUGCAGUCGAAGAUAAAUGUGCAUAAUAAUGUGGCUGGAAGAUCGAUUUUGUCUUCACACAUGGAGGUCCGCUGCAAGUGUCACGGCCUGUCAGGGAGCUGUCAGCUCAGGACGUGUUGGCGCGCCACACCCGACUUCAGGGUCGUUGCUUCUAGUAUCAAACGACAAUAUCGAAAGGCUCUCAUCGUAGCACAAGAGGAGUUAAAUAACGACCCAUCGAUCCUUAGAGGUCGACCACGAGGCAGGAGGAAGAGCCGCGCGAGACCAGCACCUAAGUCUAGCUUGCUCUUCUUUGAGAAAUCUCCGAGUUUUUGCGAGGUUGACCCAAAAAUGGACUCUGCGGGUACAACAGGACGUGUGUGUCGUAUCGGAAGGACCUCUCGUACAGGGUCAUGUGACCUGCUAUGCUGCGGCCGGGGUCACGCCCUCAUCAGAAAAUCAAGUAUCAAACCAUGCAAUUGUACCUUCCAUUGGUGCUGCAGAGUCGACUGUCAGAAAUGCCAAGAUGAUAAAUGGGCCUUAGUUCAGCUUGUGACGAGUUGUGGUGCGGACUUACGUGUUAUAUCUACGCAUGACCCGAACAACAAAAUGAAGGACGGUCUUAAUAUACCGUCCCUGCCAAGUCACCAGGACCGGUACACGCUAGAAAAAAAGCUCGGUACAGGCGUCUUUGGGGAAGUUUAUAAAGCUAAAGAUAAUCAAGCCGCUGGCAAAGCAGUUGCCAUUAAGAUACAAGUCAUUACCGAAGACAGCGAGCCACAUAUACAAGAUGAAUACAAGAUUCUAAGGGAUUUCACUAAACAUCCUAAUCUCGUAGACUUUUAUGGAGUUUUCUGCGAUAAAUCAGAAUAUGUCAAGAAAAUCUGGUUUGUGCUUGAGUUAUGCGAGUAUGGAUCUGUCAUCGAUAUUGUCAAAAAGCUUAAAGCGGCAGACAAAAAAAUGUCCGAGGAACACAUCGCUUACAUCCUCAAAUAUACGAUCAAGGGUGCCGUUUAUUUACACGACAACAAAAUCAUUCAUCGGAAUAUACGAUGCAGUAACAUUCUAAUAACAAAAGAUGGUGAAGUAAAACUGACAGAUUUUGGUUUAUCCUGUAAAUUGAAUGGAACUCAUGAUAAGACAAGAACAAAUAUAGGUUCGCCGGGUUGGAUGGCACCAGAAGUGGUCACUGGUGGUGAUGAAGGUUACGGAAAUAGAGCUGAUGUUUGGGCUUUGGGUAUCAGUACCAUAGAAAUGGUAGAUGGGGUAGCACCCUUUGAAAAUAUGCAUCCAACUAGAGCUUUGUUUCAAAUAGUAAGAAAUCCUCCACCAUCGGUAGCUAAACCAUCGAUGUCAUCUAAUGAUAUUAACGACUUUAUAAACGAGUGUUUAGAAAAAAAUCCUGAACACCGGCCAUUUAUGAUAGAAUUGGAAGAACAUCCUUUCAUUCAAUCAGUGCCGGAAAAUGAUUUUCAUCUGUCGACUGAAAUCAAAAUGCUUGCAGCCGAUCUAGUUGAGAAAGAGACACCAUUUAAAUCUACUGAAAGAAUCAUUAAAAAUGGGCUUCUAACCACCGAAGGUAAUCGAGAACCAGAAACAAUGCAAGUAGAAGAUCUUGCUGCUUUGGAAUGUUUAACGGAAGACAAUAUACUGUGUGAACUCCAAAUUAAAUAUCAAAAAGGCAUAUUUAUGACUUUUAUUGGGGAUGUACUUCUGAUAUUAAAUCCAAACUCUCAUGAAGAUAUCUACAACGAAGAAUACCAUAAAAAAUACGAAUGCAAAUCGAGAUCUGAUAACGAACCUCACAUAUUCGCAGUAGCAGAUAGUGCGUAUCAAGAUGCUUUACAUCAUAAUGAGCCGCAGUACAUAAUUUUUUCUGGUGAAAGUAAAUCUGGAAAAUCUACUUAUAUGGUUCAUGCACUCUCACAUCUUACGCAUUUGGGUUCCAUGAAAAAUAAUACUGGUGAAAGGGUACAAAAAGCUGCAAAUGUUAUUCAAGCUUGCAUAAGCGCUGGAACACCCGUCAAUAAUAACUCUACUCGAGGUAUAUUACAAGUGCAAGUAACGUACGGCACAUCUGGAAAACUGAGUGGCGGUAUAUUCUGGUUAUACCAACUUGAAAAAUGGCGUGUUUCAUCUACCGACAUGACUCAUGCGAAUUUCCAUUUGCUUUAUUAUUUCUAUGACGCUAUGGAAGCCCAAAAUAGAUUGGAUGAGUUUUCUUUGGAGCCAAACAGAAACCACAGGUAUUUAAGAAUUUUGGAUGAGCCUACGAGGGGAGCAAAAAGUGUACGAGAAUCGCCUCGAGAAAAUGCUAAAAAGUACAAGGAAUUAGUGGAAAACUUAAAAAUUUUAGACUGGGAAGAAGAAGAUAUAAAAUUUCUGGAAACUGUUUUAGCAGCAAUACUUGUUUUAGGUAAUGUACGAUUUAGAGAUGGAAAAAACGGCUCAGCAGAAAUAGAGAACGUAGAGGACGCAAAAAAAGUAUCAAAGCUUUUAUCACUUGAAGAAGUAAAGUUUCUUUGGGCUCUCCUUAAUUAUUGUCUUAUUGAAAAUGGAUCUGCUGUUAAACGAAAGCACGCUACAGAUGAGGCCAGAGAUGCUAGAGAUACACUAGCGAGUGCACUUUAUAAACGGCUAAUUGACUGGUUAAUUAAUCUAAUUAAUGGGAAACUGUCUUUUAUGCGUUCAGUGUUCGGUGACAAAUUCUCGGUGAGCUUAAUAGAUAUGUUUGGUUUUGAAUGUUAUCACAGAAACCGUUUAGAACAAUUAAUUGUUAAUACUACUAAUGAGCAAAUACAAUUCUUGUACAACCAAAGAAUGUUCGCUUGGGAAAUGCAAGAUGCGGCCGAAGAAGAGAUUCCUUUUACACCUUUACGUUUUUAUGAUAAUAAAAACUCUGUAGACCAGCUGAUGGGAAAACCUAUGGGCGUGUUUUACAUUUUAGAUGAUGCCUCCCGUACUGGUAGUGGACAAGAAUUUAUUAUGAGUACUAUUAGAACAAAAUGCAAGGGGCCAUACGUGAAGAUAUCUGGCAGCCAUGAGUUCAGUGUCGCACAUUACACUGGAAAAGUCAAUUAUGACGCAAGAGAAAUGGCUGAUAAAAAUAAAGAUUUUCUACCACCGGAAAUGAUUGAAACCAUGAGAGCAUCGACCAAUCUUAACUUGCAACAACUAUUUAAAAAUAAAUUAACGAAAACUGGUAAUCUAACGGCCGCUUCUAAUCAAAGUCCAGCGACUUCGGGAGGACGAUCUAAACCAGAAAAAGAAAUGGAAAAUCUUAAAGCAAGGACAUUUAAUACGUUUUCAAAGGGUCAAUAUUCACAAGUACGCCGAAUGAGGACAGCAGCUGCAACUUACCGAUCUACAAGUUUGGAAUUACUGAAGCAACUAUCUACAGGGCCUGGUAGUGGUGGAACCAACUAUGUAAGAUGCAUAAGAACUGACUUAAAUGAUAGUCCUCGUGGAUUCCAAAAUGAAGUUGUCAGACAGCAACUCAGAGCUUUGGCAGUUUUGGAUACUGCCAGAGCUCGUCAAAAUGGAUUCUCUUGUAGGGUACCAUUUGCAGAAUUUAUUCGAAGGUACCGCUUCUUAGCAUUUGAUUUCGACGAAACUGUCGAUGAGACGGCAGAUAAUUGCAGGUUGCUACUGAUUCGUCUUAAAAUGGAAGGUUGGGAAUUGGGAAAAACCAAAGUAUUCUUGAAGUAUUACAAUGAAGAAUUCUUGUCACGGUUAUAUGAAAUUCAAGUAAAAAAGAUCAUAAAGGUACAAAGCAUGAUGCGACUUUUCUUAGCAAAAAGAAAUGCUGUGAAGAAUAAAUCCAAGAACUUGCACAUUCAAGAAUUAAAAAAACAAAAGUCACUUAAUGUUUCGGAAGAAGAGGCAGCUGUACUGAUACAAAAAGCAUAUAGGGGCUACAUAGUGCGUAAAGCCUAUAAGCCUCUAGUCAAUAAAUCUACGGGUCAGAUUGAUGAAGAGACUGCUUCUUUUCUCAAGCGCUUUGCAAUGAAAUGGAAGAGUAGAUCGAUAUUCCAGGUUCUCCUGCAAUAUAGAGCCAUGCGAUACCAAGAUUUGGUACACUAUUCCCAACAGGUUCAUAUUUAUAAUCAAGCCGUUGUCGAGACUCUUCUCAAUACUAGCACGUCGGUGGGCCUUGAAAGAGUUGACCCUCAUGCUAAGGAAAAGAGUUUUCUCGGUGCCGGGCCUCCAACUGUAUGGAAACUGCCAUUUCGUGUUGACCAGAUACAAUUUUUAGACACAACCCACAUGUGUGAUCCCUCAGUAAAGAGCACGGACACAUUUGCAAGUCCAUAUGAUUCUGACAACGAACAAUGGGAUGAACCUUUGAAACGUCGUUGCAGUUCAGUACAAACGGAUCCUUUCAAAGCGUCUACGAGUACCCAAACACUCAUAACCGUGCCGUUCUGCCGAGAUCCUACUCAACCUGUGCCAAUUUUACCCCCCGAUGAACCCGAUGUAUAUUCCAAUGCGAAGGAAACUUACAGCAAGCCGGUCAUUUAUAAGAAACCACCAAGUCUAUCCCCAACAAACUUUUAUCAGCCACCAGCACCUUGGUCUAGUGGCGGGGAUGAUACCGACGUAUUAGAAAACAGCGGAGGUCGCAGAGGAAGUUACACACGUAACUUUACUGUAGACAAAAGCGAUUUACCGGAUCCUAUAAGCUAUGUUAAAAAAAACGCCGAAAAA